CUCAUAAAUCUUUGAACACCUUUGCGUGUAACAGUUUCUUUCCAUAGAAAUUACUAGAAAAGUGACUUUUAGCCGAAAAGCAUUAAGUGCAUUAGCCAGGAUCCUGAUUUCGUGCCUUGCCAUUUGCGAUCUCCCCAAUCACACCUUCUCUUCCAAGCAUUUAGAUGCCGAUACAGUCCAGUAUGCCAAGUUGCGGUUCGGCACCAUGAUCUCAUGGUAAGUGAUGGAAGGUGGGGAGAAGAAAAGGGCUAUAAAAUGACUGGCUUGGCCCCCAGCUCAUGAUUCCGUCUCAUGAAAUCCUCUCACCCAUCUUUCUCUCCUGUUUCUCAGUAGCACAGAGUAAUUCUUCCAAGCCUUCUCAGAAUGGCUGAACCACAACCAACCCUCCAGAGCCUCGCGGCUAAGAUCACUGAGCUCUCAGAGACUUUGACUGCCUACCUCCGUGAGAACAAAGUGCCAGAGCCGACUUUCGCGGCGGACAGUCCAACCAGCUAUUCCAAUCUGUCACCGGAGAUCUUCAUGACACGCCAAGUGCUACUGGACGCACUCAACGAUAUGUGGUACCUUACCCAAGGCCCAAGCGAGAGUAUUUUUAACUACGUCCACAACUGCAUGCCCGACGCCGCCUGCCUCAACAUCCUCAACUUCUUCGACUUCUGGUCCGCCGUCCCCGUCUCUGGCUCGGCAACCUACGCCGAAAUCGCAACCCACACCUCCCUCCCCCACGAGGUCGUCUUUCGCGUGCUACAACACGCCGUCUCCCUACGCAUCUUCGUCGAGAUCGAACCAGGCAAGUCGACCUCCCGCAUCGAGCACACGUCUCGCUCGGCGGCACUCGCCAAGUCGGCCGGUCUGCGCGCCCUCGUCUCCUCCAUCCUGGACGAUGCGGGAGCGCCCCUGAUGGUCAUGAACGAGGCGCUGCGGCGGUAUAGCCAGGGCAAGCCCGAGCUGACGCAGAAAAUGGACGAGUCGUCUUUUGCGCUGUUUCAUGCGGGGGGGCAGUUUGGGAAACAUGGUAAUUCGUGGGAUAUGUUGGAGAAUGAUGGAGACGGGGAGAAGCAGGGGUGGAGGCAGAAGAACUUUGUUGAGUUUAUGAGAUACGUCAAGGAGAUUUUCCACUUGGAGGGGGUGGUGCUUGAUGCGCAUGAUUGGAAGUCUGUGGGGAAGGCGACGGUGGUUGAUGUUGGUGGCUCCGCGGGCCACGACGCCGUAGUCCUAGCUCAGCACUUCCCCGACCUAACCAUCACCGUCGAGGACCUUCCCAAAGUCAAGUCGUCCUUCGAGGCUAACCUGCCCGCUGACCUCAAAUCCCGCGUCACCUUCCGGGAGCACGACUUCUUCAAGCCCCAGACCGUGCAGGCUGAUAUCUACAUUUUCAAGAUGAUCCUGCACGACUGGCCCGACGCCGAAGCCGCCAAGAUCCUGCAGGCUCUGAUCCCUGCCCUCAAGCCCGGGGCGCGUGUGAUCCUCUUUGAGUACAUUGGCAACCAGGGCGAAGCAUCCGAGGCGCCGCAGCUGCCGCGAUCCAUCAAGCAGAUGGGGUCCGCAACGGAUUUGAGGCUCAUGGCAUUGUUUAAUGGGAAGGAGAGGCCGGUCAAGGCUUGGAAGGAGGUUUUCCGGUUGGCGGAUGAGAGGUUUGAGGUGGCGAAUGUGAAUGCCAACCCACAGAAUUUCUUUGCUGUCAUUGAGGCUGUUUGGCGCGGAUAGGCUAUAUGGUAUUCCAGAAUUAUAGCCAUCUUCUGCCAGAACUACUUGCGCAUAGUCCCACUUCUCUUUUUAGUCCAGUGCUGCUCACAUUGGUAGUGCGAUUAUAGGACAUUGGAAUGAUGCAUUUGUCGUACGCAAGUAUCGCAUAUCCACACUGUUGUAGGGUACCGCCGGGGCCGGGG